AGUAACACAGAGAGCAUGCGUGCGAAACGACUCCUACUGCAUAGAAGAAACGUUAUUUUCUGGAAAGGAAGCAGAUGCCAUUCUUUAGACAACAUUCAAUAUGGAAGGAUCGAAAUAUACCGUAUAUCAAGGUAGAUUUCGAAUGGGCGGUGAAACUAAAUCGUCUGACUUUAAAUUUUAUUGGGCUUUGGCCUAAAACCGCACAGAGCCCUCGACAGAAGUUAAUGUGUAAUUUUCGGGCGUUCAUCGUAUUCCUGGGAGUAAUGUUUGGCGUGGUGAUUCCUUCUAUACAUUCAUUGAUAAGGAUUUCGGGAGAUAUCAUGCUAAUGAUAGACAAUUUACAACUCACUUUACCGGCCAUAAGCUGUACGAUAAGAAUCGGAAUUUUUUGGUGGAAAAAGGAAGCUACGGUACCGAUCAUGAAUAUGAUCGCAGAGGAUUGGGUACAAUCGAAAACUGUUCAAGAUAGAAAGAUUAUGAUUAGACAUGCGCAGUAUGCACGCGUUACUGUUAUUUGUGCUUACUGCAUAAUGGGAGUAGCAUGCUUCUUUUCUGUCGUUCUCCCGACUUUUGGAAUGUCAAUGAGAUUGACACCCAACAUUACUGAUCCAGGCAGUCCUAUGCCUCUACAAUCAUAUUAUAUUUAUGAUAUAACGAAAAGACCGCAGUACGAAUUAACGUUUCUCAGUCAAGCAAUCGGCAUGGUUCUCGCGGCAAUGUCUUAUUCUGGAAUCGACAAUUUUCUCGGGUUAAUAAUCUUCCAUAUAUGCGGCCAACUGGAUAUUCUUAAAAAUCGUUUGACAUAUCUGGAUAAAUAUAUCAAUUCUCACACUAUGCUAAAGAGCUGUGUAGCAAAGCAUAUUAGUUUACUUAGAGCCAUUGAGAUUAUUGAAGACACGUAUAACGUAACACUUUUAGCUUUAUUCGUAUACUUUGCAAUACAUUUGGCCUUUUUCGGUUUCCGGUUUAUCAGCUUAUUCGACGAAGGAGAUGAUUUAUCAGUCACAAGUUUGAUAUACUUUGUAUCCACGAUUUUUAACAUAUUUGGACAUAUGUGUUUAUACUGUGCUCUAGGCGAAUUUUUGGUUGCCAAAUGUGAUGCAUUGUAUUAUGGAGCCUACAGUAAUGAAUGGUAUUCCGUGGAUCCAAAACUGACACGCGACUUGUUGCUUGUGCUAAUACGAGGUGCUAAACCGAUUUAUCUCACCGCUGGAAAAAUGUUCCCUUUAGCAAUGACCACAUUUUGCAAUUUAAUAAAAACAUCGGUCGGAUAUGUGUCUCUUUUACAUACGACAAGAAGUUAUUAAAAAUGUCUGAUCAGGCUAAAAUUUUUC